AUGAGCAGCCGACAACCACACUUUUGGUGUCACCAAUGUAAGAAGUAUAUAGAUAUAGAAAAUAGUGAGGAAUUGGUAUGUCCUGACUGUGACUCUGACUUUGUAGAGGAAGUUGAUCCAGCUGAUUAUCCACAACAACAACAACAGCAACAACAACAACAGCGUCAACAACAACAAUCGAUGCCAAACUAUACAAGUGCAGAUCAACUAUUCUCCAAUAUAUUUGGUCCUUUUACAGUGCCUAUGACUACACCUCCAACCAAUGAUAUGCCAAACAGACAAACACGACCACAACAACCAGGAUUCUCACAGACAUUCUCAUUCUCAUUCCCUAGAAAUUCUCUUGGUGGACCAGCAAGAACAACCCCCGGUGUUUCACCACCAGUACCACAAGAGUUGACAUCAAUGUUCAACUCGAUUUUCAAUCAGCCACAAAAUCAAUCACCAGCAGACUUUGAUCAAAUGAUGUUCAAUUUUAUACAAUCACUUACUGCAGGGACAGGAGUACAACCUAUGAACAUAUUUAUGGGAGGACCAGGUUAUGUUGGUAAUCCUGGUGACUAUUUCGUUGGACAAGACUGGCAAGGUCUGCUAAAUCAACUAUUCCAAGCAUCACAAAAAAAGGGAACACCACCAGCAUCAAAGGAUGAAAUUAAUAAAUUAAAAAAAGACAAAGUCAAUCAAGCUAUUGUAGACAAGAAACUCGAUUGUUCCGUUUGUAAGGAAGAGUUUGAAUUGGGACAAGACUACCUUGAGCUACCUUGCACUCAUAUAUAUCAUCCCAACUGUAUAGUACCAUGGCUAGAAAUGCAUAACAGCUGCCCAGUUUGUAGAUAUGAAUUAAAGACUGAUGAUAAAGAAUAUGAAAACGAUAGACAGAACCGUGAAGGAAACAACAACAAUAAUAAUAAUAAUAAUAAUACAUCUACUACAACAACAACAACAAACAAUUUUCAUUUAGAUUAA